AAAUUCUUUAUGUUUAUUUUAAGCCAACGAACAACUUCUGCUACAAGACUAGGUUCUCCAUCAAUUUCAAACAAUUUUUUACAAGAUUUUAAUGUAGAGAACAUUUUUUGUAUAAUCAAUACGGACAACAUGUUAAAUAUAAAAAUAUGGAACUAAACUGUUAACUAGAAAUACAUGUACAUUGAUAGAAGGAAUAACAUCACCAUUGUAGUUGAACGCUACGUUUCAGUUACGCUUCAGUUGUAUGGUUGACGAAUCUAUCCAAUAAAAUAUAAACGGAAGCGCUUGUUUAUGCCUGUGCUGACGUGAAUUCGUUAAGACGUAAAUUACGCACAUGAAGGUGUCACUUACGCACGUUCAACUACACAGGCAUGACUUUAAAAAUACAUAUAAAUAUGCAUCAUUUUACGUUAAAACGUACAAGCACCAGUCUACACAAGCGCAAAAAAUGCAUGCAUUUAUUGGGUAGAUUUACCAACAAAAAAACUGGCACAAGUAGCCAGGUUCAUAAUAGUAAGGGAUUGUCAUACUCAGGUCAUCUCUGUGUUGCAAAGAAUGUAUUACAGCACACCUCGUCACAAUCUACAGCUGUUUGCAGAUGUUAUGAAGAUAUAUACCUUGCAAAGAAUGUAUUAUAGCACACCUCGUCACAAUCUACAGCUGUUUGCAGAUGUUAUAAAGAUAUAUACCUUGCAAAGAAUGUACUAUAGCACACCUCGUCACAAUAUACAGCUGUUUGCAGAUGUUAUAAGGAUAUAUACCUUGCAAAGAAUGUAUUAUAGCACACCUUGUCACAAUCUACAGCUGUUUGCAGAUGUUAUAAAGAUAAAUACCUUGCAAAGAAUGUAUUAUAGCACACCUCAUCACAAUCUACAGAUGUUUGCAGAUGUUAUAAAGUUAUAUACCAUGCAAAGAAUGUAUUAUAGCACACCUCGUCACAAUCUACAGCUGUUUGCAGAUGUUAUAAAGAUAAAUACCUUGCAAAGAAUGUAUUAUAGCACACCUCGUCACAAUCUACAGAUGUUUGCAGAUGUUAUAAAGAUAUAUACCUUGCAAAGAAUGUACUAUAGCACACCUCGUCACAAUAUACAGCUGUUUGCAGAUGUUAUAAGGAUAUAUACCUUCCAAAGAAUGUAUUAUAGCACACCUCGUCACAAUCUACAGCUGUUUGCAGAUGUUAUAAAGAUAUAUACCUUGCAAAGAAUGUAUUAUAGCACACCUCGUCACAAUCUACAGCUGUUUGCAGAUGUUAUAAAGAUAUAUACCUUGUAAAGAAUGUAUUAUAGCACACCUCGUCACAAUAUACAGCUGUUUGCAGAUGUUAUAAGGAUAUAUACCUUGCAAAGAAUGUAAUAUGACACACCUUGUCACAAUCUACAGCUGUUUGCAGAUGGUAUAAAGAUAUAUACCUUGCAAAUGUAAUAUGACACACCUUGUCACAAUCUACAGCUGUUUGCAGAUGUUAUAAAGAUAUAUACCUUGCAAAGAAUGUAUUAUAGCACACCUCGUCACAAUAUACAGCUAUUUGCAAAUGUUUUAAAGAUAUAUACCUUGCAAAUAAUGUAAUAUGACACA